UCAACAAAUAAAUAGCUUACCCACAUAACCCCAAACUCAUUCAGCCCAAGUUCAACUAUUAAGCCUUAACGCCAUUCUCCAGCUCCGUUGUUUCCUGAAACUCCUCCAACAGAAGCAACAAAGCCAGCAAAGAAAAACCAAAACCUCCUUUCCUUAAAACCAAUCCAUCCAAAUUUCGUUACUAUCUUCGCUUCCACCAACCCCCAAUAACAAAAUUAAAGCCCAAACCCACAUUAACCCUCAAUUUCCCAAACCGAUCGUGCUCUCUCGUGAGAGCAUGGUCUCCGCUGAAAAACCAAUGCCAGAAACCGAACACGCGGCGGCGGAGAACAACACCAACACCGCCCUGUUUGGAAAAUACGAGGUCGGAAGGCUCCUAGGAUGCGGCGCGUUCGCGAAGGUUUACCACGCGCGCAACACCGAGACUGGCCAUAGCGUUGCCGUUAAAGUCAUAAGCAAAAAAAAGCUGAACUCGUCAGGUUUAACCUCCAACGUGAAACGCGAGAUUUCCAUCAUGAGCCGCCUCCACCACCCCAACAUCGUGAAACUCCAUGAAGUGCUGGCGACAAAAACAAAGAUCUACUUCAUCUUGGAAUUCGCGAAAGGCGGCGAGCUCUUCGCGAGAAUCGCCAAAGGCCGAUUCAGCGAAGAUCUCGCGAGACGAUGUUUUCAGCAAUUAAUCUCCGCCGUCGGGUACUGCCACGCGCGCGGCGUUUUCCACCGCGACCUGAAGCCGGAGAAUCUCCUCUUGGAUGAGCAGGGCAACCUUAAAGUCUCCGACUUUGGACUCAGCGCGGUGAAGGAAGACCAGAUAGGGGUGGAUGGGUUGCUUCAUACGCUGUGUGGGACCCCUGCUUACGUGGCACCCGAGAUUCUCGCGAAGAAGGGUUAUGAUGGGGCUAAGGUCGAUGUUUGGUCUUGUGGGAUUAUCCUCUUUGUUCUUGUCGCUGGGUAUCUUCCUUUCAAUGAUCCGAAUCUAAUGGUAAUGUAUAAGAAGAUUUACAAAGGAGAAUUUCGGUGUCCAAGGUGGUUUCCGAUGGAGUUAAGGAGGUUUCUGACGAGGUUGUUGGAUACGAAUCCUGAUACGAGGAUAACCGUUGAUGAGAUCAUGAGGGAUCCGUGGUUUAAGAAAGGGUAUAAGGAGGUAAAGUUUGGGGAUUUGGGUUUGGAGUGGAAGAGUGAGGGUGAGGGUGAGGGUGUGAAGGAUUUGAAUGCUUUUGAUAUAAUUUCGUUUUCUACGGGAUUGAAUCUUUCUGGGUUGUUUGAUCAUUCGUCUUGUGAGGUGGAGGAGAGGGAGAGGUUUUUGCUCAAGGAGUCGCCGGAGAAGGUGGUGGAGACGCUGGUGGCGGCGGCGGAGAAGGAGGGGAUUGUGGUGAGGAUGAGGAAGGAGUGUGGGGUGGAGUUGGAGGGGUGUGGGGGUAAUUUCGCUGCUUUGGUGGAGGUUUACCGGUUACCGGGUGAACUUGUUGUGGUGGAGGUUAGAAGAAGGGACGGGGAUGGUGGGGUUUUUAGGGAUGUGUGGAGGAAUAAGCUGAGGCCGUGUUUGUGUGCUGCGAGUAGCAGUACGACGUCGGAUCGGGAUGGAACAACUUUGGUGCAGCCGGUGGCCGGUGAAUCAUGAUUAGGGGUUAUUAUUUUUUUUUAAUUCGCAAUUUUAAAUAAAAUUGAAAAAAUAUAGGCAGGUGGAGGUUUGAAAAUUGAAAUGUGUUAUGGCCGAAAUGUAACUUUGGCUGGCAAUUGUCUAGUGGGGCACAAAUGGAUGUGGAACACAUGUGUGACCAAGGGUGCAUUGCAAGUUAAUGAUGUAUAUUUUUUUAUGAUUCUUAUGUGUAAAGCAUACUAUUUUGCUUCGCUUUCUUUUUCGAAAA